GGCGGAGAGGGGAGCCCCGUCGGCCGGGAGGGCGCGGGAGGCCGACGGGAGCCCGCAGUGGGCGCCCGCUCGCCUUUGAGAGCCCAGUGUCCUUAUCUGGCGUGCAGAUGGGCGUCGGGGUCCACGGAGGACUUUCGGAGGAGACGGUUUGUACUUUUCGUCUCAUGGUGAAGGUACUGACGUGUUUAAAAAUAAAAAGCAAAGUUUUGUGCCCUCUUUUCUGUUUUUUCCACUCGCCUCUUUUCUCCAGGUCUGCUGUCCUUUCUUUUUUCCUCUAACACGCCGACGAGUCUGCGGCCGCUCUCAGAGCAUCCUCUCUGGAGAGAGGCUGCAAGCUGCUUUGAGCUGCUCCCUGCGCCAUCCGUUGGUGCUUGGCCGCACCCACCCCACUCCUUCCCUCUCUUGUGAGUGAUUUUUUAAUGAUUCUCUUUUCUCGUUAAAUGAAUUGCCGCAACUUCAGGCCCCAAGGAUUCUUCUCUCAGGGGUGUAGCCUCCAUUUUCCACUUCUCCCAGUGUGAUAAGCAGCAGUUAUGCAGCAUAUCACCGUUUCUAGAGCACUCCACUCAAAUUCAUUUAUGUGGGUUUCUCAUUUACGCUGCAAAAUGGAUAUUUAACUGGACUUUGAGACGAGGUGAUGAGUGUGAGACGGGUCAAGGAAGAACAGCUGAAAGUGAUAGAGCUAGAUUGCCACAGGCCCUUGCUCUCUCACCCCAGAAAUCCACCACCGCUGCAUCUUCUGCUGGAGGCAGGAAGGUGCAAUGGCAAGGAAUUUACCUGUGAUCUUGAUCUCGACCUUCGUUCUGCUGGCCUGUGUUACAGGUCCCUCAGCUGCUUUCCCUCAGACCACUGAGAAAAUUGUUCCAAACUGGGAAUCGGGCAUUAAUGUUGACUUGGCAGUUACUACACAGCGACACCAUCUAGAACAACUUUUCCACCGCUAUGGAGAAAAUAAUUCCUUGUCAGUUGAAGGGUUUAGAAAAUUGCUUCAGAAUAUAGGCAUCGAUAAGGUUAAAAGAAUUCGUAUAAACCAUGACCAUGAUCAUCAUUCUGACCAUGAUCAUCAUUCUGACCAUGAUCACCACCCUGACCAUGAACAUCACUCUGACCAUGAUCAUCACAUUGACCAUGAUCACCACUCUGACCAUGAACAUCACUCUGACCAUGAUCAUCACUCUCACCAUAAUCAUGGUGCUUCCAGUAAAAAUAAUUGGAAAGGUCUUUGCCCAGACCAUGACUCCGAUAGUUCAGGUAAGGAUCCUAGAAAUAGCCAGGGGAAAGGAUCUCGCCGACCAGAAAACAUCGAUGGUAGAAGUGUUUUAAUCAAGGAUGGCAUUGGUGCUAGUGAAGUGACUUCAACUGUGUAUAACGCUUUCUCUGAAGGAACUCACUUUCUAGAGACUGUGGAGACUCUGAAAACUGGAAAAGUCCUUAAAGAUGUGAGUGGUUCCACUCCACCCAGUAUCACAGAAAAGAGUUAUGUGAGCCAGCUUGCUCGUAGGAAAACAAAUGAAUCCAUGAGUGAGCUCAGAAAAGGCUUUAUGCAUUCCAAAAACGCAAAUGAGAAUACUCAGGAGUGUUUCAAUGCGUCAAAGCUGCUCACAUCUCAUGGCAUGGGCAUCCAGGUUCUGCUGAACACAACAGAGUUCUACUAUCUCUGCCCAGCCAUCAUCAAUCAAAUUGAUGCUAGAUCUUGUCUGAUUCAUACAACAAGUGAAAAGAAAGCUGAAAUGCCUCCAAAGACCUAUUCUUUACAAAUAGCCUGGGUUGGUGGCUUUAUAGCCAUUUCCAUCAUCAGUUUCCUGUCCUUGCUGGGUGUUAUCUUAGUGCCUCUCAUGAACCGGGUGUUUUUCAAAUUUCUCCUAAGUUUCCUCGUGGCAUUGGCAGUUGGGACGUUGAGUGGUGAUGCUUUUUUACACCUUCUUCCACACUCUCAUGCAAGUCACCACCAUAGUCAUAGCCAUGAAGAACCAGCAAUGGAAAUGAAGAGAGGGCCACUUUUCAGUCAUCUGUCUUCUCAAAACAUAGAAGAAAGUACUUAUUUUGAUUCCACAUGGAAGGGUUUGACAGCUCUAGGAGGCUUGUAUUUCAUGUUUCUUGUUGAACAUGCACUCACAUUGAUCAAGCAAUUUAAAGAUAAGAAGAAAAAGAAUCAGAAAAAACCUGAAAGUGAUGAUGAUGUGGAAAUUAAGAAGCAGUUGUCCAAGUAUGAAUCUCAACUUUCAACAAAUGAAGAAAAAGUAGAUCCAGAUGAUCGACCUGAAGGCUAUCUACAAGCAGACACUCAAGAGCCCUCCCACUUUGAUUCUCAACAGCCAGCAGUCCUGGAAGAAGAAGAGGUCAUGAUAGCUCACGCUCAUCCGCAAGAAGUCUACAACGAAUACGUACCCCGAGGGUGCAAGAAUAAAUGCCACUCGCACUUUCAUGACACACUCGGCCAGUCAGAUGAUCUCAUUCACCAUCAUCAUGACUACCAUCAUAUCCUCCAUCACCACCACCACCAAAACCACCACCCCCACAGUCACAGUCAGCGUUACUCUCGGGAAGAGCUGAAAGAUGCCGGCAUCGCCACGUUGGCUUGGAUGGUGAUAAUGGGCGACGGCCUGCACAAUUUCAGCGAUGGCCUAGCGAUCGGUGCCGCUUUUACUGAAGGUUUAUCAAGUGGCUUAAGUACUUCUGUUGCUGUGUUUUGUCAUGAAUUGCCUCAUGAAUUAGGUGACUUUGCUGUUUUACUCAAGGCUGGUAUGACUGUUAAGCAGGCUGUUCUUUAUAACGCCUUGUCAGCCAUGCUGGCAUAUCUUGGAAUGGCAACAGGAAUUUUCAUUGGCCAUUACGCUGAAAACGUUUCUAUGUGGAUAUUUGCACUUACUGCUGGUUUAUUCAUGUAUGUUGCUCUCGUUGAUAUGGUACCUGAGAUGCUGCACAAUGAUGCUAGCGACCAUGGAUGUAGCCGCUGGGGAUAUUUCUUUUUACAGAAUGCUGGGAUACUUUUAGGUUUUGGGAUUAUGUUGCUUAUUUCUGUAUUUGAGCAUAAAAUUGUAUUUCGUAUAAAUUUCUAAUGACAAUAUAAAUGCUAGAGUAGCUUAAGAAAAGCAUUGCCAUCUAUAGUUUGAAUAGGUCAUAGGGAGAUGAGAAUUUGUAUGCUAUAAUAUGCAGUGUUUACGGUUAGUGUAGUUUGUUUUUUUGUUUUGAAUAUUGUCAUUUGUUAUGCUUAUAAGGUCAAUUAUGGUGAUAACAUAAAGGUACAUUUUAAUAUUUAAGUUAUUCUAUUUUGGGAAUAUAAGCUAUAUGUGCAUUUCACCACUAUUGCCAGUUUAUUGUAUAAACAAGAGAUUUGGCAUGACGUGUUCUGUAUAUUUCAGGAAAAAAUGUCUAUAAUUCUUUUUCUUAGAACUAAUUUAACACAGUAAUUCCCAUGCUGGAUUUUAAACCUCUGAAGAACUGCAGGAGUUUAGGAGUAAGAAUGUACCCGAAGCCAAAGAUACCAAGGAAACUUGUACUGGAUUUAAUCUAGGAAAUGAGAAGAAAAGAAGAAUCUGUGAGGGUUGGAGAGGCAUAGAUUUCUUAAUCAUGAAAUUGGUUAUAAAAUAAAAGGGGGAAAACACUUAGAUUUAAGUGGAAAAAAGCAAAAUUAAUGAAGUAUAGAGUCCAUUCAUCAACAUUUUUGUCCCUUAAAAACAUAGCACUUUUAUAUAUUAAUUUAGUUGUACAUUUAACUUUGUAGAAUAGAGAAGUCUAAAUAUAUUUAAUGAAUUUAAGCAAUAUAUCAAUUGACUAAGAAAUGGAAAUUAAAAUAUACCAGAUAAAUUUAUGUAUUGCCAGAAGACCUGGGUAAUGAGUUACGUGAUUAAUUGGAUGUUCUGGUUUACCAAAUGUCACAGUAUUAGAACUUUGAGAUAUUUGAGGACAUUAAAACCAUACUGAAUAUAAUUUGACUUCUUAGAUUCAGAAAGUACUUUGGUAUCUUUCAGAGCUUCAGUGUUGUCAUUAUGAGCAAUUGUCGUUUUAUAAUACUGUAGACAUACUAGAGCUGUCUGUGGCGUUCUCUAGAUGUUGCUUUCUAAAAAAUAAAUUCCCCAUGUCAGCUUGAUGCCAGGUGUCUGAUUUUCUGAAGUCAACCUAGAUUGUAGUAUACUUAUCAAUUCACUUAUAUUAUUCUAUGAAGUGGCCUUAUUCAGUUUUUAAGUUCUUCAUCACAGUUUGUUCCAAGCCAUUUCUAACAUUUUUAACAAUCACAGCCUAAUGCUGGAAAGAAACGUUAAUACUCUACAUUCUAAAAAGAAUCAGUUGCCAAGACCUCACCCCACCCUUUUAGAGCCGACUAAGAGAUGGCUGAACCAGCAUUCUUGUUCCACAAAUCAAGUGGAGGGGGAUGUAAGGGUAACAAGAAUUACUUGGAUUUUGGAUGUCUACAAGGAUGAGUCAUUGCUUUUUCUGGCUAAAUAAUUACUCUGCUUUAGAAACUCACAGGCCUAAUCUUGUAUACCUCAAGAUGAAUACAAGGUGAGGAAUUUCUUGGAAUAUCUGCAAAUGUUCCUCUAGGAGUCUGAAGAACACAGAGACUUGUACCUAGGUCUUUCAUGAAAAUUCUGAAGGUCAGAGGUGUGCUGUACCAGCCAGAAAAACAAGAUGAAUAGGAACCAUGGUUCCCAGUCAGUUCAAACUCAGUGGGUAUGUGGCAGGAAAUUUAAGUAGUUCCCAUGACUGGGGGAGUGGAGACAAGGAAGAUGCAGAGCUAUAGGAUAUAGACCAAAAGCUGGUAUUUUGAGAGGAAAAGAAAUGACGGAUUAAAAAAAGGGAAAGACAAAGCAUCUGGAAUGAAAAAGGAGACACAGAGGUACACUAGAUUCAAGCAAUCAUAAAAGCAACCUAUGUAAUUGAGAAUUUAAUAUGGAUUAAUUUUCUGAGAAAAUACAAAUGUUCACAUAAGAAAAAAAUAGGAAACCAAUGACUGUUUAAAAAAAAAAGUUAUCAGCACAUCGAAAUUCCCCCAUGCCCUUCACCAAGGCACAAGACCCAGUUUAUAGUAAGUUUUACCAAACCUUCAAGGAAUGCCUAAGUCUCCGAUCUGUGCAUAUAGUUUCUGGGAUUAGAAAGAGAGACAAAGCUCAUCAUCUUCAGCAAAGUCAGUGUAACCUUGAUGCCAAAACAUUGUUGGGAAAGGUAAUGUGUUGGGCCCUAGGAGAUCCUACACAUUCUUGCUGGGUAUAGCAACAAUGCUGGGUCUAUCCUGACCAUUCCUUGGACCAUUUAUCAACAACCUUGAAGGAUGAGGUGCUGUCUCUGUCUGAAAACACAGGCUUUGUAUGAAAGAGAAUCCUCAAGGUCAGCAUUUCUCAACUGCUACCUGGUGCCUGCUCCCUUGGGGUUUGGGAGUCAAGAGAACUAAUGCAGAUGAUGCUGGCACUGUUUGCUAUGCUGUGAGCAACAAAGUUAUUUGUCUCUGACUCAAGAGUCUUGUUUCUUCUAUCAGCAUCCAUGAAACAGUAACAAGCUAACUCUAGUUUGUAAGUAGUAUGAAAUUCCAGACCCAGUCAAAACCACAUGAGGAUAGUGUAGGAAAAAGGAUACAGAUACAAGAAUUGAAAAUAAAACAGCAAAUCAUACAGCAGUAUAUAACGUAUUAUGAGCCAGUAAGUUUAUCCCAGGAAAGCAAGGAUGGUUCAACUUAAGAAAAUUUGUUACCAUAAUGUACCAUGUUACCAGAUUAAAAUGAAGAAAAAUUACAUAAUCAUAAUUGAAUCAAAUUUAAUAAAAAUGUAAUAGGAUUUUUAAAACUUUAGCAUACUAAAAAUAGACUUUUUAGAAUCUAGGAAGAUUAUCAAAAACCUACCUCCUUGAAUACUCCCAUUCUAUGAAGUCAAGGGCUUAAGGAAGAGUAAUAGAUGGGGGGAGGGAGGGGAAAUGUGGUAAGGGGAGGGAGGAACUAAUAUUGGGGGGGGAAGGGGGAAAAACUACAACCCCCAAAAUACAGCAGAGCUUAACCACCCCCCCCCCGCCUUGGCUGCUUACAUAUGAGGUACAAAAGAAAAAAAAAAAAACUCUAAGGAGAUAGAAAAUUGCCGCAGUUCCAUUGCCGUCACCAUAAGAGAACUAUGUUAUUGAUGCUUCAAUGGAUUUUGUUUUUAAAUGUACAUAAAAUAACAUUCACUCUUUUUCGUGUACAGUUCUCAGAUUUUUGAGAAAUGCAUACUCAGGGGCAACCACCGAUAUGUUUCUCAUCUUUAUUUUCUAGAAUGUCUAGAGGUGGUACUAAAAUCAUGAUAUAUAUAGUUCUUGAAGUCUAGCUUCUUUCACUUAGUGUAAUGCACUUAGGAGUCAUCUGUGUUGUGAUUAUGUUUUAUUUUUCCUUUCGUCAAUUGAAAGUCAUUGUGUUCUUUGCAGUUUUUGGUGUUGAUGAAUAAACCUACAUAAACAUUUUGUGUA